UCACGUGUAGCUUUCUACCUGUGAUAGCUGUUACGUAACCUCUACAACCCCUCGAACGUAAACGUGCGAAGAUCUGGGCGCUCGAAACCCUUUGACCACGUUUCGAGGACUGUUUACGCGCGGUGUGACGUGUGUUCUGGGCCUUAUAACGUUGUUCGUUGGAUUUUCCGUGGUGCACCAAGUACUUUUCUCGCUCGCGUUUUGGUUUUUAUUGUGUGUCCUCCGGCUGGAGUUCUGUAUGAUAUCCGUCGAUCUGUUGUUGUUGGUGUGGAUUAAGAUAAACUCUUCGGUGGUUCCUGGAGAUGACAACAUCUCGUCGGCGCGAAACUUUCAAGGAAUGACUGAUCUGGUGUCAUGAUGGCUACUGUCACAUCCGGCUUACUUUCUCCAAACUCGUAUGGACUGAACCCAGAUCAAGUAGCGGCUAAAAUGGCCGCGCAAAACACCACCGACGAAGAAUUCGACCCCUACACCGGCCGACAAUGUUUCGGAUCCCAGCAGAACUCCUCGGACUCCGAGGACAACUACGCCGCCUCCCUCAAACAAGAGAGCCCCAAGCGUAACAAGAGGAAAAACUUCAAACCGAGAUGCGCCUCCAACGUCCUCUACAACAACGACUACCCGGAGAACGCGGAGGCGCUGAACCUCAGCGAGUACUCGGAGAACAACAACAUCAGCAACUCCAGGAGGCGCAAGACCCAGAACACCAGGAAGGUGGUGGUGGAUCCCAGGUUCUUCCCGAUGGAUCUCAGCCAGAAGAACGACAGCUCGGACAGCGAGUCGUGCAACGAGUCGAACUCGGCCAGGAACGAGUACGAGGACGACAACCUCAGCUCGGAGAACGACAGCAAGAUCCCGUCUAGCUUCUCCAUCCACAACCUGUCGAAGCCGCAUGUGCAGAAGUACGACAAUCAGGCCCUGGGCGCCUUCGGCGACGGCGCCCAAGGGUUCCCGUAUCCGCAGAUAAGCGACAUGCGCGAAUUCGCGAUGAACACUAUGCGCGAGUUGCUCGGCAUCUACGGCCUGGCGCCGGACGUUACCGAGAGCAUAACGAAACAGCUCCCGAUGGCGGCCUUCAACAACGGCAAACUCUUCGAGAACUUCAACUUCCACCUGCCCUCUACCGAGAGCACACCCCCCAACCAACCCCCCACUCCCCCCAGCACCCCCCUAUCCCCCAAAACGACAGACGCGACCAAUAAGUAUACCUCAAAUUUUCCAAAUAUCCCCAACCUCACCAUAACGAGCUCUAGUCAAAACUCUUCCUCCAAAUGUCCCAUGCAGACGGCGAAGAGGUUCAAGGCGCUGAACGGAGAGAGCAAGGCUGUUCCAAAUUCGGAAGAGGCCAGUUCUGGCAUGGCUGGCGAGGAGAGGGGAGACAAGGCAGCGCACAUCAACUCCAGGGGCAUGUUCUCUUAUGCUUCAUCUUUUCCGUAUGGACAACUCAAGACUGAGAACUCUAGUUCACCGCCAUUGGAACAGAGUCCACUAAACGCUAUGAUUGCUCAAUCUCUAUCUGCCACACCUCUAAGAGAUACCGUCCCUUCCUCGAGUCUUUUACUGAACAAAACACCAAAUCAGUUAGAUUACUCAAAAUACGUAAAGAAAUUCUCCUCGUCCCACGAAUGCGGCAGCAGCUAUUGUAAGGAUCUUAACUAUAGAGAGCAUUUCCAUUGCUUGGACUGCAACUCCAGGGUGUUCAUCAAGAAAGAGGAAAUGAUCCGCCAUUUCAAAUGGCACAAGAAGAGGGACGACUCCCUCCAGCACGGCUUCAUGAGGUACAGUCCGCUGGACGACUGCAGCGACAGGUUCUCCAACUGCACGCACAACAAGAAACAGACGCAUUACCACUGCAUCAAAGAGGGCUGCGACAAGGUGUACAUCUCCACGUCCGACGUCCAGAUGCACGCCAAUUACCACAGGAAGGAUUCCGCCAUCAUACAGGAGGGUUUCCAGCGGUACAGGGCCACAGAAGAAUGCGGAGCCUCUUACUGCGCCUUCUUCGGUCAGAGGACCACCCACUUCCACUGCAGGAGAUCUGGCUGCAGAUUCACCUUCAAGAAUAAAUCAGACAUGGAAAAACACAAGAGCUACCACAUAAAAGAUGAGCAGCUUUCGAGGGACGGCUUCAAGAAGUUCAUGAAAAACGAGGUUUGCCCUUUCGAAAACUGCAGAUUCUCCAGGGUCUGCAACCAUAUCCACUGCAUCAGGCCCCAGUGCAGCUACGUUUUACACAGCUCCGGCCAGCUGUUCUCCCACAAGCGGAAGCACGAGAGGAAAGACUCCGAACUGGCCUACAGAAAGUACAAAUUGGCGCAGAGCAUGAUGAAGACCAUGAACGAGGGGAACCUAUCGCAUCCUUUCGGUCGCGAAAUGGACGGCGAGGCUUUGAACAUGUCGCAGCAACAGUUCGAAUCGUUGAACCUCAGCAGGCAGCACUUGGAAAGCAUGAGCUUGACGCAGAACUCCCUGGACGCCUUCAACAACUCCAUGUACAGCCAGGGCAGCACCUCCAACAUGUCCAACUGCGGCAGUCUGAGCGAGGAGAACUCACCUAUGAGUUACGAUGACGAAAACUCUGCCAUGGACCUGACCGCAAACGAAAAUUCCAGCAAUUACCCUCCGGACGAAGGACCAAACUUCAGUUCGGAAGAUUUCUGGAGGAAAUAUUUCAGAUCGUACGGUCCAUCGGAUAGCUGCGAUGCAUCCUGCGAAUUCAACGCUUCCGAACAUUAUCACUGCAUUGCUGACGGUUGCCACAUGGUUUUGAGCUCGAAGGAGGGAGUCAAAGAACACGCUAGAAACCACGAACUCCAAGAACAAAUAACCGAAAACUACUUCAGCACCAUAACCGGUAAAGAUGGAAUUUGCGAGGAAUCGUGCAUAUACGGAGACAAGGAAAAACACUAUCACUGCAACUGGGAAAACUGCAGGGAAGUCAUACUCCCAUCAGAAAAACCUUUCAGGCGUCUGGAGCAUUACAAGAUGCACGAAUAUUCCAAGAAACUGUCACUAACCAAAGAUCCAUUGACCAUGACUCAUUUGGCUACGUCCAUCGAUGGGAUGUUCUGCAGGAAAAGGGGAAGGCCGCCAAAGAAUCGCGUAAUUGAAGUUUGGAACGAUUAUUCCUCUACUGGUAAUCAAAGCAUGAUGGAUUCGCCACAGGCCAUUUUCACCAGUUUCAAGUUACCAAAACCAUUCACCACACCGUCUAGCAGCAAAGAAUUGGAUCAUAACGAUUCUAACGACGAAUGGUCAGCAGACCAGAGCACCAGUAUCCAAGAACUAGGCCUUCAAGGUUUCGACGUCUUCAAUGAGAACACAAAGUGUCCGGACCACCUGUGUCCCUAUCUGGGCAGCACGCAUUACCACUGCAACCAGAACAGGUGUCUGUAUGUCACAGAUAAGGAAGAUGUUCUCAUAAUGCACAGCAAGGACUUCCACGACAACAUAGAAAUCCUGGAUAACUUCGAAUUUUACGACAGAAACGUUGAUUGUCGCCUACCUGAUUGCGCAAGCAACAAAAUCAACCGGCAUUUCCAUUGCACAAGACCAAAUUGCCAUUAUUCCUUCGUGCAGUACUCGACCAUGGCCAUACACAACCAGAAACACUUGGAAGAAGCCCAGAGUAAACACGAAGACAUCAAAGUUAAGAGCGAAAGUGUCGCCGACGAUUGUAAGAGUGAUACCGGUGAUUCGACGAACCAAUAUAAAGCUAUGAACUUGAGUUCCGGAGACAGAGUGUCAGUGGUGAAGGCUUCUGGGACUUUUUAUCCUCUUUCAACAUUGCCAACUGAACAAAAUAAAACCAACGAUUUAAGUAAAAAUAUCGACUCAGAAACCACGUCUCAAGAAAGCAACAACACUUUGUAUGGGCCAGAAAUUUGCUGCUCAAGACCUUUCUGCAAGCUGAAGAGGAAAUACCAUUACCAUUGCAAUGCUUGCAACCAGGCUUUCUCAGAGAUGGAAAAAUUGGUCAUCCACGUAGCCAAGCACAGCACCGGGGCCCUAAACAGCCAGCUGCAAGAAGAUAACAACAACCAACAAUCAUCUACCUCUUCCAACAACACACCCGUUAAGACAGAACCAAAAAUCAACGUGGCCCCCCUUCAAUCUCUUCAAAACCCAAUACCUCCGAAGCAGGAAACCGAGCACCAAUACCUCCAGCCCACGUUCGAUCCCUACUUCUCGAACUUCCCCCCAAAUCUACAGUUCGCCCUGCUCCAGCAGCACCAGAACGCAGCCUUCUUGCCACAGUCGCUCUACCAGAACCCUUCGCUACCGCAACUGAUGUUCCAACACAGCCAGCUCAUGCAAUCGCCCCUCAUGCCGCCACAGAGCCCUUACACGGCCGAGAACUCUAUGAGCCCUCUAGCUGCGAUGGCCGCAAACUUGAACAAGAGGUCGCUCAGCCCGCACGAGAUGACGCAAGAGCAGAAGAAGGUCAGGAUCCAGAAUUCGAUGAGGAUAUUGAAGGACGAACCUGUACCUGAAGGAUAUUUGAGAUUUAGGUUCAAUGAAGAUUGCCACUACCAACACUGUGGAUACAGGGAACAUCAAACCCACUUCCAUUGUCAACGGCAAGAUUGCGGUUACAGUUUUUGCGACAAGACCAGAUUUGUGCAACACACCGCACGUCACGAGAGACUGGACACUUUGAUGGGGGGAGACUUCCAACAGUACAGAGCUAACGUCGCUUGUGGAAGAUCUGAAUGUUCAUAUACCAGUAGUUUAGGUUCCACCCAAAACAAGGCGUCCCACUUCCACUGCUUGAAAUGCGACUUCGUUUGUACGGACACCAACAAAGUGGUAGCGCACAGAAGGCAGCAUCAAAAAUUAGACUCCAUACAGGCGGCUGGUUUCGAAAAAUUCACACCCAGCCAAAACUGCAGGGUUAUCAACUGUCAACACAGCGGAAAACAAACCCAUUACCAUUGUCUUCAGUGUCAAUACGCGGUCCUUGGACUUGCUCAGAUGUCCGCCCAUAAGUACAGACAUUUAGAGAAUUGAGAAGGUGAAACAAUAUAUUUUUGUAAAAAAAACUCCACGGGAAAUGUCCAAUCUCACAAAUCGCCUAUUUAUUCGGAAAAAUCACGAAAUUUCUCGAAUAGACCUGCACAUAUCGAUUGCAAUCUUCCUGUCCAUCUCAGUCUUCCAAUACUCUGGUAAUUUUAUCAACCCGGGACAUUUUCUCCAACAGAAAACAAUCCAUUUUACCGGAUAUCAGAGCGGAUAUUAAGUGAUAAAAAUUAGCAAGUCUUUUGCUAAGUUUUGAGACCUUUGAGUUGAUAGCGUCAUAGAUAUUUAUAAUUUUUUUGAGAUUAUCUGAAUAGUUUAUAUAAAAUAUUAUGGAGAAAGAGACACUAUUGUAACUUUUAAAUGACACGAAAGAAAUUCCAAUUUAAAAAUUAAUAUCGUUGUAAAUAUUUGUACAUUAUUAGUUUCGUAAGGUUUCCUAACUUUAAAAAUGUAAAAUAUAUUCUGUACAUACCUGAAACCACACCUCAUUUAUCAUUUUGGAGGAAGCAAAGCAUUGGACGUACUAAUAAAUUAUCGUUAUAUAAAAUAUCAGGGUAGAAAUCCCAGUAAUUUAUUUUUUUUAUUUAUUUUCACGAAUGUAAUCUGUAACUUAGUUACACAUUUCAAGGUUAUCCAAGAGCACUUCAUACGUGAAACAAAUUUAUUAUUCGAAUAGAUAUCAUUAAUUUGCAGGAAGAAUAAAUUCUGUUGCAUCAAAAACGUUGCGAAGUAGAAAUAUUCCCUAAUUUUUGAGAGGUUCAACGAGAAAAAAAUCUUCAAAAAUAUAACUCCUAACACUCAUAAAAAAUAUUACCGGAAAAUUGAGGAAUAUAUCUCGACGAAUUGGUUCUUCUUGGAGAUUCUUUGAAAAUGUUCAGUAGGGAUCAAUUUCAACCGGAAAAAGACAUGAGUAGAAUUAGAAAAUAGAGUUUUUUAGAUAGAGGCCUUUUGGAAUAGCUUAGUGCCUUAGAUAAAAGACGGAUAAUAUUUACAGUGCCUUUUUGGCGAUUUUUUUGAGGUAGAGAUUUUAUGGUAGAAAAUUUGGGCCUUCUAGAUUUUUAAAACAGAAAAUCAAGAGAAUCAUCAGGUAGGUUCAAACUACUCCCUUCAAACAAAUAAUUAACUCUUCUGUAUCUUCACAUAGCAUGACAAUAUCGGAAAAAUUACCUUCUGGUUUUCCUACCUGAUGAUCUCUUGAAUAUAAAAUCAGGUGGAAAUACAAUAAACAAAUAAAAAUAUCAUUCCAUUAAGUGCCAUAAUAUACAGAUAUCAAUCUAGAGUUAGCAUAGAGUAGAUGAGAGGGUUUCCAUUCUGUACUAAAAACCAACUAACCUCAUGGGUUAUUAACUCAGAAGAUAAAUUGAACAGAUAUUGAUAUCCCUCUCAAACAGUGUCAUAUCUAAAAAGCUGUUUUAUUUUUUUGACCUUGUACAUUUUCUGACAACUUUCGAUCCAGUGAAUUGUUUUGCCAUAUAAAGUAUCUUUCGUUUGUUUUUCCUGGUAUCCGAAAGAUACUCGGUUCAAUUUUCAGUUGUUUUUGGUUAUUUCUGUUUUUAUUUUAAGUGUUUUCUUCUGUUCAUAGCUAGUCUUUCUUUUUUUCCAUAUAUGGCUUUAUUCUACAUCUUCUUUUAAAUUGUAUACGUAUAUAUUAUAUCGAAUACCUAUAUAUUUUUCGGCGAUUGUCGAUAAGAAAUUUUGAUUUUAGUUGUAUUUUAUUUAAUUUAAUGAUAAUGUAUGUAUUGUUAGAGAGUAUGAGUGUUUAUGUUAAUUCUGUGAUUGUAUGUGUUUUCUUUUUUUAUAAAAAAAUAUUUAUAUCUA